GUUCAUUCAUGCUCCUUCCGCCGCCUCCACCACCACCACAAGCCGUCUCUCUCUCUCUCUCUCUACACGAGCCCAUUCCAUCCUUCCGUCACCCAAGAAAAUAAUAUCUCCCUCCUAAAGUUCGCUCCUUUCCUUCCUCUCUCCCCCAAGAAAUCCUCUCUCCUCCUCCUCCUCCAACGGCAUUGGCUUCCUUCCAUGGCCACCGCCGCGACCCUCUUCCUCUUCCAGCCCAGGCUCCCCGGGUCCGGCCGCAAGUCGCCGCCUUGCCUCCCCGGCGCCCGCCGCGUCCGCCUCGGCACCCGCGCUCCGAGCUUCGGCCCCGAAUCCGUCCGCGGCCGCCGUGGCGUCGCCGGGUGCUCCGCGCGGCGCGGGGACCCGCCCGCCGCGGCCCCGAGCGGCUCGGGCGCGGAGGAUCGUCGGCGGAACCCGCUCGAGGUCGUCCUGAGCGCGGUCGCCCGGGCCCUGGAGUCGCUCAAGAGGCCCGCCGUCGCCGCGAUCCUGCUCGGCCUGCUGCUCGCCUACGAUCCUAACUCCGCAUUGGCCGCCUCCGGCGGGAGGAUGGGCGGGAGUUCGUUUUCGUCGUCGCGAUCGUCGUCGUCGUCGUCGUCGUCUUCGAGGAGCUAUACGACGAGGGCGCCCAGCCCUAGCAUUCCGUACUCGGCUCCGUAUUACGCGCCCUCGCCGUUUGGUGGAGCCUACGUGGGGCCGGCGGUCGGGGUCGGAGUGGGCGCGGGGUCGAGCUUCUUCUUGAUAUUUAUGGGCUUCGCCGCGUUCCUUCUGGUCUCGGGCUUUCUCUCGGAUCGGUCUGAGGGCGGCGUGCUCACCGCGACGGAGAAAACGACUGUGCUCAAGCUGCAGGUGGGAUUGUUGGGCAUGGGAAGGUCACUUCAAAGAGAUCUUAAUAAGAUAGCGGAUGUUGCAGAUACAUCCUCAUCUCAGGGUCUUAGCUACGUCCUGACUGAGACGACACUUGCUUUACUCCGUCAUCCUGAUUACUGCAUCUCCGGUUAUUCAUCCGUGGAUGUGAAGCGGAGCAUGGAGGAUGGGGAGAAGCGUUUCAAUCAGCUGUCAAUUGAAGAGCGAGGGAAAUUUGAUGAAGAGACACUUGUUAAUGUGAACAACAUAAGAAAACAAAGUACCACCAGCCAGAGAUCUAGUGGAUUUAGUAAUGAGUACAUAGUGAUAACCAUUCUAGUGGCUGCUGAAGGAGUCCAUAAAUUGCCUUCCAUUAAUGGUGGUGGAGAUCUGAAAGAAGCCUUGCAGAAACUUGGGUCCAUUCCCUCUAGCAAAAUACUAGCAGUUGAGGUGUUGUGGACCCCUCAAAAUGAAAAUGACACACUGUCAGAGAGGGAGCUUCUCGAAGAUUACCCAUUACUGAGGCCUUUAUAAGAUAUAUGAUGAGGCUUUUUCAGAGGUAUGAUCCCAGUCAAAGUUGUAUGCUUGGAGUGUUUUGUAUAGAAUAGGUCCUGUAUAGUAUACAAAAUGAAUAGGUUAAUACCAUUAAAUUUUUGUAAUCGAGCUGCCAAGGUACAGGCUUUUAUUUUCUCCCUACCAGCUCCAUGACUUUAAUGCCUGUGAGUUGUAUCUUCCAAGGCUUGAGCUUAUGAGAUACAGAAUGAAGUUUUUGUAUCUUGAUUUUCUUGCCAGAUGAAUGGGAUUUCCUGAAGUAGUUAAUCAAAA